GGUAUGUGAGGAAGUGCAUGUACAAAAGAUGAUUACGAUCACGCAUAAAAAUGAGAUUCUAUGAAUAGUUAGAUUCUCUUCUUUAUUUUGUUGACAUCAUAAAUAUUAGAUUCUCUGAAGGUCUUGAUCUAGCUGACUCUCGAUCUGAGAUCUGUGACAACACAAUGGCAGAUCAUGAGCUGAUUUUGUUGGAUGAAUGGCUUAGUAUGUUUGGUAUGAGAGCUAGGAUAGCACUAGCUGAAAAAGAGAUCAAGUAUGAGUACAAGGAAGAGGAUCUAACGAACAAGAGCCAAUUGCUUCUGGAAAUGAACCCAAUUCACAAGAAGAUCCCUGUUCUCAUCCAUCACGGUAAACCCAUUUGUGAGUCCAUCAUUAUUGUGGAGUACAUUGAUGAGGUUUGGAAGGAGAAAGCUCCACUGCUACCCUCAGAACCUUAUCAGCGAGCUCAAGCCAGGUUCUGGGCUGAUUUUGUUAACAAAAAGGUUGGUGAUGUUGGGGGGAGGAUAUGGGCUGGAAAGAGAGAUGGGAUUGAAGAGGCAAAGAAGGAGUUAAUAGAGGGCUUAAAGGAAUUGGAGAAGGUUCUAGGAGUCAAGCCUUAUUUUGGUGGUGACACAUUUGGGUUUGUUGACAUUGCUCUCAUCCCUUUCUAUACCUGGUUCUAUACUUAUGAGGCACUAUGCAAGUUCAAAGUGGAGGCAGAGUGUCCUAAGCUCAUUGCUUGGGCAAAGAGAUGCAAGCAAAGGGAGAGUGUUUCCAAAUCUGUUGCUGAUGAGAAGGAGGUCUAUGAUUUUGUUGUUAACUACAGGAAGAGUUUUGAGUUGGACCUGUGAUGAAGUUGAGCUUGGAUUUAUUGGUUCUUGAAUUGGAUUUUGGUUCUUCCUAUGAGUGCUUGGAUCUUUGACUGAUUGUAUGAUUGAGAACUGAAAAUUCAUGUUUAUCCAUUAAAAAAUUAAAAAAAUAAAAUGAUAUUUCCUUGAUGUCAAUUUAGUCCUGGUAAUUUCCAGGCUAUCAAAUAAUGUUUUUUUGGCAUGUGUCUUUUGUGAGCUUCUGUUUCUUGGGAAAGUCAUCCUGGAUUUUGAAGCUGCUGUCUCCUGCCUGUCUGUCCAGUUUGAUUUUGUGACCCGAUGGUCAUGUUCUUAUUGGAGCCCAAUACAGUUGGUAUUGGCCGGGUUUGAAAGAGUACAAAACAAUUAUGAAGGGUUUGGGUUAUCCAAAUAGUUUAUGAUCUAUUGUUUACCCAAAUUAUUUGUAAAGAAAUGAAUCCACGAGCUGAUUGAAUUUAAAUCCUUUUGU